CGUCCCCAGAAUCCAAUCUGGCCGAUUCUUGAAUCCAACUGGUGUACAGCUCUUUAUCGAAACCUAUGCCACCAAUCACAUCAAAGAAUUGGUCUUUUUCCUUCUCGUUUUACAAAAUCACAAAAUAUCAAAAAUCAAUUCUUUAUUGCAGAAACCAAAAUUUGAAUCUUUGGGGUUGGGGAAACAAUGACAGAGGUCCUCCAUUCGUCUUGCUCCUCUCCAUCGUCUUCUCCUACAGUAUCCGCACCCACCCGGGCAUUGUCUUUUGAGGAUGAGGAAAUAGAUAAGGAGAGAGAUCAGUUGUCUCUGUUGGCCAUUUUGGUGACUUUGUUCAGAAAGAGUUUCUGGGUGACUUGCAAGACUGAUAAUGGGGAGCUCUGUGGUCCUGCCGCCGCCGGGGGGAUGGAGAUUGGAUGGCCUACUAAUGUGCGCCACGUGGCUCAUGUUACCUUCGAUAGAUUCAAUGGAUUCUUGGGUCUGCCUGUGGAGUUUGAGCCCGAGGUUCCCAGAAGAGCCCCUAGUGCAAGCACUACUGUUUUUGGAGUGUCAACGGAAUCUAUGCAAUUAUCAUUCGAUUCCAGAGGGAACAGUGUUCCGACUAUUCUCCUGCUGAUGCAAAGGCGUCUAUAUGCUCACGGGGGCCUGCAGGCUGAAGGAAUUUUCAGAAUAAAUGCAGAGAACGGCCAGGAGGAGAAUGUAAGAGACCGGUUAAACAGUGGAGUAGUUCCAGAAGACAUUGAUGUACACUGUCUGGCAGGCCUCAUUAAGGCUUGGUUUCGAGAACUCCCGAGUGGGGUGUUGGAUUCUCUUUCUCAGGAGCAGGUAAUGCAAUGUGACUCGGAAGAGGACUGUGUGGCGCUUGUGAGACUAUUGCCUGCCACGGAAGCUGCUCUGCUCGACUGGGCCAUCAACUUGAUGGCUGAUGUUGUCCAAGAAGAACAUCGAAACAAGAUGAAUCCACACAACAUCGCAGUGGUGUUUGCCCCUAACAUGACACAGAUGGCAGACCCAUUGACUGCAAUGAUGUAUGUAGUCCAGGUGAUGAACUUCUUGAAGAGACUUAUCGAGAAGGCAUUACGGGAAAGAGAAGAUUUCCUUGCAGAACUAUAUCCGACUUUCAGCCUCGAGCCAUCUGGUGAGAAUGGCCACCAAAGUCCACCACAGCUUAUCCUGGGGAAAAACGAAAAGUCAGUUGAAGGGUUGGCAGAAGUGUUCUCCGAAAAGGAACCCUACCCGGAGAGUUUUUCUGAUUCUAAUGAACUUUCUAACCGCCAUUCAACUUCUACGGAGGAAUCUGAUACAAGCGGGUUCAGUGUCCACACUAUGACGAAUGCAAGAGAAGCUGGUGUCUUGAAUUUCGUGCUGAAUGAAGAGCAGACAGACCGGAAAGUAGGCCGGUCUAACAAUUAUAAGCAGGGUAAUGGCCCCGUGACAGUUAAUGUGCUUCGGGCUGUUGUUCAAUCUCUAGGAAUCGAUGUUAAAUUCCAAGGAAUUAGCCAUUUCAGCCGAGUCGAUUCCAUUUCAGAGCGGGUUGAGACCUGGAGAUGAAGAAAGGCAUUAUAGCUUCCAGUCUUCUGUUUGAUUCUGAAAUUUGUGGAUUGGCAUUUGUUUGAUUCUUUAAUUUGUGGUGGCUGUGAAGGUUUGAUUAACUUGUUGCAGUUUCAUGUACAUCAACAUUCUGCUAACUGAAUACUAGAAUUCAAUUCGAUCUCAUGUUUUGGUUUGACUCUCCAUCUAUUAUGCAACAAUAUUGUCAUGA